AUGCUAUAUGGUAGCUUACCCAGCGGGGAGCACCCCACCCCUCUAGUGUUGUUUUUCACGGCAUUUGCGCGGCAUCGGCAUCGCUGUCAGCACUCGUUCUUCAUCAGGCCCGAAUGUAGUAAAAAGGAAGAAGAAAUGCGUGGCUUCAAAGCUUUUCUGAUUAUCACCAAGUCUCUCGAUUUGGCGUUUAUGCUUGCAGUAUUACUAUUGGUCUUCGUUGUUAAAUCUGUUGCAUUCUACCCAUUCCUUGCCUUUACUAUUAUUGAAAUUCUUAUACUUUCUGUUGCGGUGUUCCAUGGACGGACACCAAGUUUAAGUGUCUUACUCAUCUACAUCGCUUUGGAGAUUGUUAAGGCGUUGGCAGCUAUUACGCUUGCACUUGUGACGGUUUUAUACGAUCACGACAAGCAUUGUGCUGUAACAGAGUGCAAAAUUUUUGAUUUUACGCCAGUCGAGCGAUUUCGUUUCUUCUGGUUCCUCAUCUCAAAGGCAGCGUUCAGCAUGUUCUUGUGCCUCGUUGCAAUGGCGCAUUCACCUCAGCUGCACGAUUACAAUGCCGAAGAUGACACAGCUCCGUUGAGCUUCUAGGGGUUUAGCCAAUUACAUAAUCAGAGUUUUUAUCCAAAGAGUCUAUGUAAUGAAACAGGCCGAAGUUUCUACAGUUCUUUCACACAUCUACGUCUUCCUGUUUCGUAGCAUCGUGUAAUUAAGAAUUAAGUUUUUUUUUCAUGAGCUUGUUCAAGGACAAAUUAUGAGAUAUCAGAAUCAGAACUCAAAUGUUUGACCAAUCUAUCGGGUAUUAACAUUGUACAUGAUUUUGUAUGUGUGUUUUAUGCAGGUG